GUGUCACACCAUCUACUGUCCGUGAAGCAAAGUAGUGGCCAAGCUAAUAUAGUGCUUUAAAUUAGUGUUCGUUAUUUUGUGUUUUAGUGAGUCCUUUUGAUGGACUGCGUGGAGGAGAAAGACACAGAAGCAAAUGCGCCUUCAGUUGUCGACAGAUAUUACACUCGCUGGUACCGAGCCGAUAUGAAGGGGAAACCGUGUGAAGACCACUGUAUCCUGCAGCAUUCAAACAGAAUAUGUGUUAUUACUUUAGCAGAAACCCACCCGAUCCUUCAGAAUGGCCGCACAAUCAAAAGCAUCAAUUACCAGAUCAGUAACGGCUGCAGUCGGCUGAAUAAUAAAGUGUCUGGGAAGUCCAAGCGGGGAGGGCAGUUCCUUACUGAUUUCGCACCUUUGUGUAGGAUAACAUGCUCAGAUGAGACUGAGUACACGAUCUACAGCUGCAUCCGGGGCCGUCUUCUGGAGGUCAACGAGAAUAUUUUAGAAGCACCUGAGCUCUUGCUGGAAAAGCCGUCCACUGAUGGAUACAUCGCUGUCAUCCUGCCAAAGUUUGAGGAGAGCAAGAGCAUAACAGAAAAUCUACUGAGCAGAGAGGAGUUCGAGAGCGUCGUCUCCAAACGUAGCGAUGCCCAGUCACAAACUUCCUGACGAAGCUCCACACUUUGGCUAUAGUCAAAUUUUCUGGGAGAAUUUCUUUCCCCUCACACUCACCUGCUCAGAGGAGGACUGAGAACAUUAUUGUGGAAAGCGGUGUUUUCAUCGGGUCACUUCUGAACUUUUGUGUACAAUGCAAGCACCGUGCCUCUAGGUUAUUAUAUACACAUUGUUUUCAUGUUUCAGAUUUUCAUGAAGGGUCCAGGAAGCAUUUCAGUUUACAGUGCUUUAUCUUUGGUUUGGUUUUGCUGUAGGAAGCAUGAAAAAUGACUUGCAUUCUGUUGUUAAAUAUUGGAAAUACUCUUCAGUAAAAAAUAUUUUUGUAAAAUAUCAAUGAAACGAAACAGUCAUUUAAGAAAAA